AUGUCUAACUGGGAAUUGGAGACACGAAACUUGCCUGAAACAUUGAAAUAUCGUGAUCCUCAACCUCUUGCCAAGGGUAGUGGUUCCUCUUGGGACUUUCAAGCCUCAGAAACUUUGAAACAAAUACUAAAGAAUGCUAUUCGUGAUCAUUUCAAAUUUUGGAAGGCUGGACAACUUGAUAAAAUAAAAAUACCGCAAUACUUCAUUCUAGCCGGAGCUGGUGAAGGAAAAUCUCGCACUGCACAGGAAUUGCCAAAUUUGUUGAUCGAAUAUACAAAUGAUGAUAUUAACUUACAAAAUCGACUAAAGUCUGCUUUUGUGUUUAAUAUAUCAUUUGAAAAUGGAACCAAAUUAACUGGGAUGGAAAAAUCUAAUCGCAUUAAUGCAAUUGGUAAUCGAAUGCUUUUUCAGUUGUUACAGCAGCCCGGUGAAUCUUGGAAUGUGUUUAAUAAUCGAUAUGAUGCAACACCAGAAGAUGUAUUGCAUAGAAUUGCCAAAAAUUACAAUCAGAAAUUUACGGAUCUUAAUGUAAUUAUUAUUCUGGAUGGGCUUCAGAUGGCAUUGGAUAAAUUCGAUGAUGGAAAUGAUAGAUGUACAGCUACCAUCAGCAUGCCCAUUCACUAUUCCCUUGCCAGAUCAGCUCAAUUAAGAAUAUUUCUUCCAACUACAUUAUUGAAACCUCCAAAAAUAAACAACAGUCCUGUUUUUGCCAAUGAUCCAGUAACAAAAAUGCUCAUUGAUGAUAUGGGAGGCCACGGACGUGCUUUGGAGGCUUUGGGUGAGGUACUUAAUGAUAGAGAUCUGAGUGAAGUCAAUUAUAUCGACCUAAUAAAUGAUGUGCUAUCAGCUCUUAUAAAAAAUUAUUCAGGAUGGUUAAAUAAAACAGAAUAUCUGAAACCAAUGCUUCGUAUUAUUCUAUCACACACAAUUGUUAGGAAAGAUGAUACUAUUAUGGGGCUUAAAGGAAAUGAAAUAAAAAUAGAUGAUUUAAUUCAAUUUGGACUUAUUAGGGUUGAAAAUUCAUAUCCUGAUCUAGUUGGUGGUCAUCUAUCGUGUCCAUAUAUUUGGUUAUGGAUUAUGGCUCAUGCAAACAAUUGUAAUUCAAAUGAUCCCUUGUUACGGAAUUGGGAUUUUGCUUACUAUAAAGAGUUAUUUAAUAGAAGCGGAGAAUCUAGUAUCCCACCUGGUUGUCAAUACUGGCAACAUUUUGAGUACUUUGUUGCACAAUUUCGUUCACUAAAAUCAUACGUCUAUGAGGAAGGACAACAAGUUGAUCUGUGUACUAUUCAUAAUGGGGCAAAGCAUAACUUUAUUAAAAAUUCCUUGAUAUAUAAUCAAAAUCUUAUUUUAACACAUUCGGUUAGGAGGGUCAGCACUAAAUCUGGAGAUUAUAAUCAAGAUACAAAAAUCUUAUGUCAGGCUGAAGAAGUUGACAUUGCGGAAGGAAAACAUAUUGUAGUCAAUGUACCUGAUGCUAAAUAUUCUGAUAUCUUUUGUCCAAUAAAAAUGGUAAAUACUGGUCAGCUACAAAUGGAAACACAUCAAUGCAAAUUGGUAAACGGUACCAUUUCUCAACAAAAAUUUGAUGAUGAACAUAAAAAAGCAACAAGUCAAGGGGAUAUUUUUAUUUUAUAUACAUCAACAUCCUGCAAGGGACUUAAGCUUCGAAACCCAAUGUCGGCUAUUAUUAGUAAAGAAAAUUGGAAAGAAUACUUUGGACCUUUUGCUGGGAGGUGCUAUAAUUAUGCCUUGGGACCACCAGAUAUUAAUAAAGCAACAUAUACUCAGUUGACUGGGAUUGAGAAAAUUGGAAAAGAACGUGCUAUCACUAUCAUGAAAGAACGAAAAAGACUCGAAUUCUCUGAUAAGGAAGAUUGUAACAUGAGAACCAAAAUCCCGCGUCAAGACCUUGAUCCCUUUUUUCGGGUUAAUGAGUAA